AUGCCUCGUCCAGGGAAAAACUCAUACAGCGACCAGAAGCCUCCGUACUCCUACAUAUCACUCACAGCGAUGGCUAUUCAGAACUCAGCUGAAAAGAUGCUGCCUCUGAGUGACAUUUAUAAGUUCAUCAUGGAUCGCUUUCCAUAUUAUCGAGAGAAUACCCAGAGAUGGCAGAAUUCCCUGCGACACAACCUCUCAUUUAACGACUGUUUCAUCAAGAUACCCCGUCGGCCUGAUCAGCCGGGGAAAGGCAGCUUCUGGGCUCUUCAUCCGGACUGCGGUGACAUGUUUGAGAACGGCAGCUUCCUGAGGAGACGGAAGCGCUUCAAGGUGCUGCGUGCCGAGCAUAUGACCUGCAAGAGUUCCCCCAUGAUGCACUAUUUCCACCAUCACCACCAUCACCCUGGCAGCAAGUUGGGCACUGCAUCCAGCCACCACGACCACUCAGCCACCCCUCCAAACGUGGGUCGCCUUCCUCACUUUCAGGGUUACGGGGGCAUCACUUGCUCACAGCCCGGCGGGUUUAAACACCCAUUUGCCAUAGAGAACAUUAUAGGAAGAGACUACAAGGGUGUGAUGGCCAGUGGGCUUCCCCUUACCUCGGUUAUGCACCAUCUGGGUUACCCGGUGCCCCCUCAGCUCAGCAGCAUGGUCAAUUCUAUGUGGCCGCACGUCGGCAUGCUAUCAGAGUCUAUGGGUGGCGUAUCCGUGCCAGCAUCAUCCGAGUACGCACCAUUCAGCGUGUCAGCCAAGGGCCUGUACCACAACGCCAACGGGCAAACCCUCCCAGCUGUUCCAGUGCCAAUAAAACCCACCCCGUCCCUGGGCCCCGUGCCGGGUUUGACGGGUCUGCAGUCCGGCCCGGCCCAGAUCUGCUCACCGUCCUCACUGAUGGAGAAAAGCGAUCUGCUAGAGGGAAAAGGGAACCCUCUACACCCGGCCCUCCUGCUGUCCUAA